AAAUAUCAACUCUAUGGACCCUUUUAUUGUGAAAACUUCGCCUUAACUUCGCCUGCUCCGGAAGUAGUUGUAUUCUGUCCUCAUCGUUUUUCAGUGGCUGUGCAGUAACCGAGUGAGAAAGCCAUGGUGACGGCUGAUGAAAUUGCUAAAAUGUGUUAUGAACGUUUCAACGAGCUCCCCCGGAGAGGAAAGCCCGAACCCGGCAGAGAAUGGACCUCGCUCGCCGCUGUGGUGAAAAUCACUAAAUGUGGAAAAUCAGAUAAAGUUACAAAAGAAAUCGUUUCCCUUGGAACUGGAACAAAGUGUAUUGGACAGACUGCCAUGAGUCCCAAAGGUGAUGUUCUCCAUGACAGCCAUGCAGAAGUCAUUGCCAGAAGAGGAUGUGUCAGAUAUCUAACCCAGGAGUUGCACAGAGCUGUGAGCGGAAGGGGAAGCUCUGUGUUUUGUCAGACAAUACAUCAAGGGAAAUGGAGGCUUCAGCCAGGAAUUUCUUUCCUGUUCUUCACCAGUCAUACGCCAUGUGGUGAUGCCUCCAUAAUCCCCACUAAUGGCAGGCAGCCUCAAGUGUGUACUUCUGUCACAUCCAUGAAGACUGAUCACGGGACAGUUGGAGUAGGGCUGAAAAGAAAAUGCAAAGCACAUAUUCCACACCAAGACUCCAAGCGGCCCUCUAAAGAAGAAAAUGACCCCGAAGAGAUAAAUCAAGACGACAUUCAAGAAUCGAAACAGCCCCUUUCAUUGCCUUUGUCCUCAUCUGCAAGUGAUGGUGAGCCUUCACAGAGCCCAUCUGCCAAAACACAUCUUGAGACACAUGCUUUAACUUCAGCCGAGCUGAUUCUGAAGACCAGUGCCCCGUCAAACGUGAGCCCUAUCGUCUGCACCACGCUGAAUUUACAGGUCUAUGAUAUUCAUAGAACAGGAGCCAAGUCUGUACCAGGUGGCCUCGCUGACCCUCUUCAACCGGGGAUGGGCUACCAUAGCACAGGAUUACUGCGGUUAAAGCCCGGUCGAGGAGAGUCAACUCUGUCUCUCUCGUGCAGUGAUAAAAUGGCUCGCUGGGGGGUGUUGGGCUUCCAGGGUGCUCUUCUGUUCCAUUACCUACAGGAGGCACUCUACUUUAGCACUGUCGUGAUAGGAAAAUGCCCCUAUAGCCAUGAGGCCAUGCAAAGAGCUUUGAUCACAAGAUGCUCACAUAUAGCAGACCUGCCUGCUGGUUUCUCAGUGUCGCAACCAGUUUUUCUCCAAUCAGAAUUGGAAUUUCCCUUCAGCCGUCACCAGACUGAGCUCCAGCACAAGGAAGGACAAGGAUGCAUCACACCCUGUGGGGCAGCUGUCAGCUGGUGUAAAGUGCCCGAGCAGCCACUUGAUGUCACUGCCAGCGGCUUCAAACAAGGAGUCACCAAGAAGGCCUUGGGUACAGCGAAAGCUAGGUCUGCUUUGUGUAAACUGGAACUUUUCCAUUCAUUCUUGUCUCUGGUGUCGUCUACCGAAGCUUCUGCACUUCCUGACUCUCUCAGGAGGACUGAUCGGCACACGUACUUGGACUACAAGGAGGCAUCGGAGGUCUACCAACAAGCUUGGCAGCUACUUCGCAAUCAGGCCUUCCCUCUUUGGCCACGCAGUGACAGAGACCUCCUGCUCUUCAAAUGAAACCCAAUAUAGGUCGACUAAGGUUAUUGGAGGAACAAACUCACGAUAGACUUGGAUUUGUGAUUGUGUCCCUCAAAUCUCAGAACAAUUUUCAUUGAUGUUGUCUCGAAUGGAUCCAGGCUGGAGUAUAAUAAAAAAGUCAUUCCCCUCGUAAA